GUCUAGCCUGGGCCUGGGCGCCGGGCCUAAGCCGGCAGCGCCAGGAGGGGAGUUCAGAAGACUGUCGCCCGGCAUGGGGCGCCGCGAGGGCAUCGCCCGCCCGGAAGCUGCCGUGCCGGCCCGAUUUUCCGCAGUUCUAUAAGGAGUUGAGCUUCGGUAGCCGGGGAGCUGGAGGGGAACCUGAUUUGAGAUCAAUUCUUGGAGAACACAAAGAAGUGUGGUGGUAUGUUCCAGGGUUGAACCAGCUGCCCUUUGACCCUGCCAACAACAACGAGCCCCUGCAGUUUGGCAGUACCAGUGGCCCUCUGGUCACAGAAGGCCUCAUUGAGAAUGGAGGGGAGUCAAGCAAGAAAAGAAAGAGAACAAAUGCUCCUUCAGGAGCCCCAUUAUUAUACUCUGUUUUCAGAAAAAGCUGGUAUGAGCAUUCAACUGAUAAUAGUAGAACUCUGAGUGUGGAUUCCACUACAAUGACACUACCUAUGUCUGAUCCAACUGCAUGGGCCACAGCAAUGAAUAAUCUUGGAAUGGCACCGCUGGGAAUUGCCGGACAACCAAUUUUACCUGACUUUGAUCCUGCUCUUGGAAUGAUGACUGGAAUUCCACCAAUAACUCCAAUGAUGCCUGGCCUGGGAAUAGUACCUCCUCCGAUUCCACCAGAUAUGCCAGUAGUAAAAGAGAUCAUACACUGUAAAAGCUGCACACUCUUCCCUCCAAAUCCAAAUCUUCCACCUCCUGCAACCCGAGAACGACCACCAGGAUGCAAAACAGUAUUUGUGGGCGGCCUGCCUGAAAAUGGUACAGAGCAGAUCAUCGUGGAAGUGUUUGAGCAGUGUGGAGAGAUCAUUGCUAUUCGGAAGAGCAAAAAAAACUUUUGUCACAUUCGCUUUGCUGAGGAGUACAUGGUGGACAAAGCCCUUUAUCUUUCUGGUUACCGCAUUCGCCUGGGCUCUAGCACUGACAAAAAGGACACAGGUAGGCUUCAUGUUGAUUUUGCACAGGCUCGAGAUGACCUGUAUGAGUGGGAAUGCAAACAGCGUAUGCUUGCAAGAGAGGAACGCCACCGUAGAAGGAUGGAAGAAGAAAGGUUGCGCCCACCAUCCCCACCUCCAGUGGUCCACUAUUCAGAUCAUGAAUGCAGCAUUGUUGCUGAAAAACUAAAAGAUGAUUCCAAAUUCUCAGAAGCCGUGCAGACCUUGCUCACCUGGAUUGAGCGAGGAGAGGUGAACCGUCGCAGCGCCAACAACUUCUACUCCAUGAUCCAGUCGGCCAACAGCCACGUCCGCCGCCUGGUGAAUGAGAAAGCUGCCCAUGAGAAAGACAUGGAAGAAGCAAAGGAGAAGUUUAAGCAGGCCCUUUCUGGAAUUCUCAUUCAAUUUGAGCAGAUAGUAGCUGUGUACCAUUCCGCCUCCAAACAAAAGGCUUGGGACCACUUCACAAAAGCCCAGCGUAAAAACAUCAGCGUUUGGUGUAAACAAGCUGAGGAAAUUCGCAACAUACAUAAUGAUGAAUUAAUGGGAAUCAGGCGAGAAGAAGAAAUGGAGAUGUCUGAUGAUGAAAUAGAAGAAACAACAGAAACAAAAGAAACUGAGGAAUCAGCCUUAGUAUCACAGGCAGAAGCUCUGAAAGAAGAAAAUGACAGCCUCCGUUGGCAGCUUGAUGCCUACCGGAACGAGGUGGAACUGCUAAAGCAAGAACAAGGCAAAGCCCACAGAGAAGAUGACCCAAACAGGGAACAGCAGCUGAAACUCCUGCAGCAAGCCCUGCAAGGAAUGCAACAGCAUCUACUCAAAGUCCAAGAGGAAUACAAAAGGAAAGAAGCUGAACUUGAAAAAAUCAAAGAUGACAAGUUACAGGUGGAAAAAAUGUUGGAAAAUCUUAAAGAAAAGGAAAGCUGUGCCUCUAGACUGUGUGCAUCGAGCCAGGAUAGUGACUACCCUCUGGAGAAGACCCUGAACAGCUGUCCUAUCAAAUCUGAACGCGAAGCACUGCUAGUGGGGAUUAUCUCCACAUUCCUUCAUGUCCACCCAUUUGGAGCAAGCAUUGAAUAUAUCUGCUCCUACUUGCACCGUCUUGAUAAUAAGAUCUGUACCAGUGAUGUGGAAGGUCUCAUGAGCCGACUCCAGCAUACCUUCAAGCAGGAAAUGACUGGAGUUGGAGCCAGUCUGGAGAAGAGAUGGAAAUUCUGUGGCUUUGAGGGCUUGAAACUGACCUGAAUCCCUUUGCCUGACAACCUGGGAUCCUGAAAAUAAAUGUGUGUUGGACAAGCUUAGAAAGUGAUUUGUAUUUUCAAUCAUUUUCAAGUGGAAAUUGCUUUAAAUUUGUCAAUUCAUUCCUGGAAUAUCUUUUGAGUUAAAAUAAGGAUCCUAGAGCAGCACCUCAAGCUACAGGCCCUAUAAAGAAACUGACUCAAACCUCAAGUGCUGUAACUUCCUCCUUUUCUGUCAAUUGGUUGUCUCUUUUUAUUAGUAUUUAAAAAGGCCUGAGGCUACAGAGUAUUUGGGGUGUUUUCAGUGUCUGUACUACUGUUGUAGACUUUAGUAUUUUUUAAACACUGUUAGUUAACUGAAAUGUUUUGAUGAUUUAUAUGUGAUUUGUGUUUCAGAACUUCUCUUCACAUUAAUGUUGCUAGUGGUGAGAGGAAUGAGAGGAGCACUAGGGACUCCAUAACUGACAUUGUCUUUCCAAUUCCCAGUAGGCCAGUAAGUGAAUAACACAUCAGUGUCUUCUAGAAGGUGCUUGACCAGGUUCACCUUUUAAAAGACAAAGCAUGGUUUGUGGCUUUUUACAAAAUUACUGUGAACGAAAAGUUGACAAAUGUUUCAAAGUUAUUUUCUCUAAUGUAUCAGAUAAAAGGUUUAUUUCAGAAUUAAAAAAAAAAGCUAGAUGUAUUCACAGAAAACAAGUGUCCAGUAUGACUGGCAUGUGUAUGUCGUAUUCAGAAUCACCUUGUAAAUAGCCUGCUUUUAAAGGAGGGCAUGUUUAGUUUUCUAUGAAUUAAAACACACGUGUGUGCUCACACACACACACACACACAUACACAUUAGGAGAAGGGAUUUAUUUUGAUAUGCUUCCCCUCUCGUCUUCUUACAAAGUCUGGUGGUCCCUUUUCUUCUGCUGUCAGUGUGUUGAAUUGCAAACCAUGUACUGCUGUAAAUACUAUGUUUACUUCAUGCUGAAUGUCUGCAAAGAGUUGAUGAUAUGAGUAUUAAUAGAAAAUUCCUGGUAAUGAAUAAAUAGUGGGCUAGGGUGUGUGAAGCUUUGCACAAAUAGGUCGGCUCCACCUGGAGUGCUGAGAACUGGGACUCCUCCAGUUCUGCAGUGCCCAUCCGCAGAUUACAAUGGCAGAGUGUGCGUGGACCAGUCAGGAAGUCCUGGUUGAUGGAAAAGAAAUGGAAAGGAUGAGAACUGGGGACUAAUUUCCUGAGGCAGAGAUGGUCUUUUCUUCUGUGGUGUUGGUGGUGCUUGUAAUAACAUAAGCAUGCCCUCCCUUGAGUCUUGAUUGAAAAUAAGAGAAUGUACUAAGUAAGCAAAGCCAGUGAAGAGUAUUUCACAAAAAUACUUUGUAAAUCAGAUGUCAGUAGUGUUCAAAGUUGUAUUUUUAAAAGAUAAAUAUUCCUUUUUUAUACCUCAGUUUGGUGUCCUGUUUUGAAUUGCUUGCUCUCUUAAGUAAUCCUUUAGUAAAUCAUCUCAAUUUCUUCCUUUGAGUUACCAGAAUAUUGGAAGAAGAUGCUAAACCUUCUGCUUUGACAGCUAGAAACAGGAUUCCACAGCAGCCCAUUCAUGCUGAAAGCUGGCUUCCCCCUAAGCAACCAGCUGUGCCACCAGCAGGAAGCGAGGGUUAUUUUUACAGUAGCUUCCUCACUGAAGCAUCUCUGUCAUCAGCGCUACAGAAG